AUGCAUGAUAAGAGUGUCACUCUGAAGGUGUUACCAGAAGCACAGUUUGGUAAUGAGAAGAAAAACUAUAUGGAACUUGACAAGGAAGAAUCACAGUUAAAGGAAGAAAGCAACAAGGCGAUUCACAACAAUAUCCCAAGGCAAAAGAUUGUGCAAACUGAUGAAGAAGUCCAAGAGAAUAUUGGAGUAUUAGCCACUGAAAGAAUGAAAGAUCCCCAAGUUUGCUAUUUGAGCGAUGUGAUUUACUUUUUCUUUUUCUUCUGUGAUUGCUUGCAGUUGCCGAGCAUUGGUAUAAAUCCGCAGUUGAUCACGUUCACGCACGUGACGAUGGAGUCCGAUAAGUACAUAUGCGUUCGCGAAACUGCUCCACAGAACAGCGUGGUGAUCAUUGAUAUGAACAUGCCGAUGCAGCCUUUGAGAAGGCCUAUUACUGCAGAUUCCGCUCUUAUGAAUCCGAAUUCAAGGAUCCUUGCAUUGAAAGCUCAACUCCAAGGAACAACUCAGGAUCACCUUCAAAUAUUUAAUAUUGAGAUGAAAGCAAAGGUGAAAUCAUAUCAGAUGCCAGAGCAGGUAGUUUUUUGGAAGUGGAUUAGCCCCAAGUUGUUGGGUCUUGUGACACAGACCUCUGUAUACCAUUGGUCAAUUGAAGGUGAUUCUGAACCUGUGAAGAUGUUUGAAAGAACAGCAAAUUUGGCAAAUAAUCAAAUCAUUAAUUAUCGAUGUGACCCUACAGAAAAAUGGUUGGUCUUGAUUGGUAUUGCUCCUGGUUCCCCUGAGAGACCACAAUUGGUUAAAGGAAACAUGCAACUAUUCUCAGUGGAUCAACAGCGUAGUCAGGCUCUUGAAGCUCACGCCGCAUCAUUUGCUCAAUUUAAAGUUCCUGGAAACGAAAAUCCUUCUGUUUUGAUUUCUUUUGCCACAAAGACACUUAAUGCUGGUCAAAUUAUAUCUAAGUUGCAUGUUAUUGAGCUGGGUGCGCAGCCAGGGAAGCCAUCGUUUACGAAGAAACAAGCAGAUCUUUUUUUUCCCCCAGAUUUUGCAGAUGACUUUCCAGUUGCCAUGCAGAUAUCCCACAAAUACAGUUUGAUUUAUGUGAUAACAAAACUUGGUCUCCUAUUUGUAUAUGAUUUGGAGACAGCUACAGCUGUAUAUCGGAACAGAAUUAGUCCAGAUCCUAUAUUUUUGACAUCAGAAGCUACAUCAGUGGGAGGCUUUUAUGCCAUUAACAGGAGAGGCCAGGUGUUAUUGGCUACUGUCAAUGAACAAACCAUUGUAAAUUUUGUCAGCGGCCAAUUAAACAAUCUGGAGCUAGCAGUUAAUCUUGCCAAGAGAGGAAAUCUUCCUGGUGCUGAGAAGCUGGUAGUGGAACGUUUCCAUGAACUCUUUGCUCAAACAAAGUAUAAAGAAGCAGCUGAGCUUGCUGCUGAGUCUCCACAAGGAAUUCUUCGUACCCCUGAUACAGUUGCCAAAUUUCAGAGUGUUCCUGUGCAAGCUGGGCAAACUCCUCCUCUUUUGCAGUAUUUUGGGACACUGCUAACAAGAGGAAAGCUGAAUCCCUUUGAGUCGUUAGAACUGUCACGGCUGGUCGUGAACCAGAACAAAAAAAAUCUUUUGGAGAAUUGGUUGGCAGAGGACAAGCUUGAAUGCAGUGAGGAGCUAGGAGAUCUUGUAAAGACUGUAGACAAUGAUCUUGCUUUAAAAAUAUAUAUCAAAGCCAGAGCUACUCCAAAAGUUGUUGCUUCUUUUGCCGAGCGAAGAGAGUUUGACAAAAUUCUUAUAUACUCCAAGCAAGUUGGGUACACACCUGACUACUUGUUCCUGUUGCAAACAAUUCUACGGACAGAUCCUCAGGGUGCUGUCAAUUUUGCACUAAUGAUGUCUCAAAUGGAGGGAGGCUGCCCAGUUGAUUACAACACCAUAACUGAUCUGUUUCUUCAGAGAAACCUGAUCCGUGAGGCAACAGCCUUUCUCCUUGAUGUUUUGAAGCCCAAUCUUCCAGAACAUGGAUACCUUCAGACAAAGGUUUUGGAGAUAAAUUUGGUAACUUUCCCCAAUGUUGCUGAUGCAAUUUUGGCAAACGGAAUGUUCAGCCAUUAUGACCGUCCUCGCAUUGCUCAACUUUGUGAAAAAGCUGGUCUUUACGUUCGAGCACUGCAACAUUACUCAGAGUUGCCGGAUAUAAAGCGUGUUAUUGUAAACACACAUGCAAUUGAGCCACAGUCUUUGGUAGAGUAUUUCGGUACUCUCUCACGAGAAUGGGCAUUGGAAUGCAUGAAAGACCUGUUGCUGGUCAAUCUUAGAGGCAACCUACAGAUAAUUGUGCAGGUUGCUAAAGAAUAUUGUGAACAACUGGGUGUUGAUGCUUGCAUAAAGCUCUUCGAGCAGUUCAGGUCGUACGAAGGACUGUAUUUUUUCCUUGGAUCAUAUUUGAGCUCCAGUGAGGAUCCUGAAAUUCACUUUAAGUACAUUGAGGCUGCAGCAAAGACUGGACAAAUUAAAGAGGUCGAGCGUGUGACUAGAGAAUCAACUUUCUAUGAUCCUGAGAAAACGAAGAACUUUCUAAUGGAAGCUAAGCUUCCAGAUGCACGGCCUUUGAUUAAUGUUUGUGACCGUUUUGGAUUUGUUCCAGAUUUAACUCACUAUCUGUACACAAACAACAUGCUUCGCUACAUUGAAGGCUAUGUGCAGAAGGUGAACCCAGGGAAUGCUCCUUUAGUUGUUGGGCAGCUGCUUGACGACGAAUGCCCAGAAGAUUUUAUCAAAGGCUUGAUUCUUUCAGUUCGUUCAUUACUGCCAGUGGAGCCCCUUGUGGAGGAAUGUGAGAAGAGGAAUCGUCUUCGUUUGCUCACUCAGUUCUUGGAGCAUCUUGUAAGUGAGGGAAGCCAGGAUGUACAUGUUCACAAUGCAUUGGGUAAAAUUAUCAUUGACAGCAACAACAACCCAGAGCAUUUUCUCACUACCAACCCCUACUAUGAUUCUCGAGUUGUGGGAAAAUAUUGUGAGAAGCGUGAUCCCACAUUGGCCGUUGUAGCUUACAGGAGAGGACAAUGUGAUGAAGAACUUAUCAAUGUCACAAAUAAAAAUUCUUUGUUCAAACUACAAGCAAGAUAUGUUGUCGAGAGAAUGGAUGGUGAUCUUUGGGAAAAGGUUCUUAUCCCCGAAAAUGCAUACAGAAGGCAACUUAUUGAUCAGGUUGUGUCUACUGCUCUACCUGAAAGCAAGAGCCCUGAGCAAGUUUCUGCAGCUGUUAAGGCCUUCAUGACUGCCGAUCUACCUCAUGAACUGAUUGAACUUCUUGAGAAGAUUGUCCUUCAGAAUUCGGCAUUCAGUGGGAACUUUAAUCUACAGAAUCUGCUCAUUUUGACAGCAAUAAAGGCUGAUCAAUCCAGAGUUAUGGAUUACAUUAAUAGACUGGAUAAUUUUGAUGGGCCUGCAGUUGGAGAAAUGGCUGUCGAAGCUCAGUUGUAUGAGGAAGCAUUUGCAAUUUUCAAGAAGUUCAACUUAAAUGUUCAAGCUGUCAAUGUCUUGCUAGAUAAUAUUCAUAGCAUUGAUAGAGCUGUGGAGUUUGCUUUCCGUGUUGAAGAGGAUGCUGUUUGGAGUCAAGUGGCCAAGGCUCAACUCAGGGAAGGGCUAGUUAGUGAUGCAAUUGAGUCAUUCAUACGAGCAGACGAUGCCACACAAUUUUUGGAUGUUAUCCAUGCUGCUGAAGAUGCUGAUGUUUACCAUGAUUUGGUGAAAUACUUGCUGAUGGUAAGGCAGAAGGCAAAAGAACCCAAGGUGGACAGUGAGCUCAUUUAUGCAUAUGCAAAGAUUGAUAGGCUCAGUGACAUUGAGGAGUUCAUUCUUAUGCCAAAUGUGGCCAAUCUUCAAAAUGUUGGUGACCGAUUAUAUGAUGAAGAACUAUAUGAGGCUGCAAAAAUUAUAUAUGCUUUUAUAUCUAACUGGGCCAAGUUAGCUGUCACACUUGUCAAGUUGAAACAGUUCCAAGGUGCUGUAGAUGCAGCAAGGAAAGCUAACAGCGCCAAAACAUGGAAAGAAGUUUGCUUUGCAUGUAUUGAUGCAGAGGAGUUCCGUUUGGCCCAAAUAUGUGGACUCAACAUUAUUGUUCAGGUGGAUGACUUGGAAGAAGUUAGUGAAUAUUACCAAAAUAGAGGUUGCUUCAAUGAGCUAAUCUCUCUCAUGGAGAGUGGUUUAGGGUUAGAACGGGCACAUAUGGGCAUCUUCACCGAGUUGGGAGUUUUGUAUGCUAGAUACCGUUAUGAGAAGCUUAUGGAGCAUAUCAAACUAUUUGCAACGCGACUCAAUAUUCCAAAACUCAUAAGAGCUUGUGAUGAGCAACAACAUUGGAAGGAACUGACCUAUUUGUAUAUCCAAUAUGAUGAGUUUGAUAAUGCUGCAACCACCAUCAUGAACCAUUCGCCUGAAGCAUGGGAUCAUAUGCAGUUCAAAGAUGUUAUUGUCAAAGUUGCAAAUGUGGAGUUGUAUUACAAGGCUGUUCACUUCUAUUCGCAAGAGCAUCCCGAUCUUAUCAAUGAUGUUCUGAAUGUCCUUGCACUUCGUGUUGACCAUGCUCGUGUUGUUGACAUCAUGCGGAAGGCGGGUCACCUUCGUCUUGUCAAGCCUUACAUGGUUGCAGUGCAGAGCAACAAUGUCUCUACAGUUAAUGAAGCCUUGAAUGAGAUAUAUGUUGAGGAGGAAGAUUAUGAUAGGUUGCGCGAGUCAAUUGAUUUUCAUGAUAACUUUGAUCAAAUAGGCCUUGCACAGAAGAUUGAAAAGCAUGAGCUUCUUGAAAUGAGACGUGUUGCAGCUUAUAUUUACAAGAAGGCAGGUAGGUGGAAGCAGUCUAUUGCCCUGUCAAAGAAGGAUAACCUCUACAAAGAUGCCAUGGAGACAGCCUCACAAUCUGGCGAGCGUGAACUUGCUGAGGAGUUGCUUGUUUAUUUCAUUGAUCAGGGAAAGAAGGAAUGCUUUGCCUCUUGUUUGUUUGUUUGCUAUGAUCUGAUCCGGGCAGACAUUGCCCUUGAACUGGCUUGGGUAAACAAUAUGAUCGACUUUGCCUUCCCAUAUCUUCUACAGUUUAUCCGUGAGUACACGGGCAAAGUUGAUGAACUUGUGAAGGACAGAAUUGAAGCACAGAACCAGGUGAAAGCUAAAGAACAAGAAGAAAAGGAAGUAAUUGCACAACAGAACAUGUAUGCUCAAUUGCUACCUCUUGCUUUGCCUGCACCACCAAUGCCUGGAAUGGGAGGUGGGUUUGCCCCUCCCCCUCCAAUGGGUGGUUUGGGGAUGCCUCCAAUGCCUCCUUUCGGCAUGCCACCAAUGGGCAGCACCUACUGAUUUUCAAACAAUUGUGGUAAGUUCAGCAAUGAUCGGUCUGUAAUCUGUAUAAAGAACAAUGUGCUUCCGUUUGGGAGAGUUCAAGAUUUUCUUGCGGAAUUUUAAUGCAUUAUUCUUUCCUUAUGAUGGAGGUCGAGUUCAAGUUGAAA